UUAAAAUUUAGACAAUUUCUCAUUAGUUCGUUUAAUUGUUUAUUGCCAAUUUCAUUUUCAUUUCAAUUAUUUUAUAAUAAUUUAAUUGCAAUGUAUCAUUUGUUUUGAAUUAGAAGAUAUUUUUUAUAUAUAGAUUUACGCGACCCCGUUGCCGCCAAUAUGCCGGUGUUGCUUUGUUGCGGCUUUUGUUUGUAACAUUUUUUACUUAUCUUUAUUGCAAAAUACUAUAUGUGUACGGUAUUCCAGAAAGGCCCGAAAAGGUUCAACAAGAUCCUCGUGAAAGAAGAAUGGAAGUGCCUCCAGGCAGUAGUGGAGAAGAUGCAGGAGGAAGUCAGUUAGGAAGAGGAGCUAUGCGAGGCAGACGUGUGUAUCCCUCAGAAUUAGUCACAAGACCAGAACAUUUAGUUACCAAAAGAGGCGAAUCUGGAACUGAAAUAGUGAUGCAGACGAAUUAUUUUAAGUUGGUGACAACAACUGAUUGGUGUUUAUACCACUACCGAGUUGAUUUUUAUCCAGAUGAAGAUCGAAAUCCUAUCCGUAAAGGAUUGCUCAAAUCUCAUAAAGAUGCUUUAGGACCAUAUGUUUUUGAUGGAACUGUUCUAUAUAGCAAUAAACGUUUGGAACAAACGGAAUUUUGGUCUAAGCGAAUAUCGGAUGGACUCGAUAUUAAAAUUGUUUUGCGCCUUACUGGAGAUAUGCAGAAGGGCGAUCACGGUUAUCUUCAAUUCUUUAAUAUAAUUAUGCGAAGAUGCCUAGAACUAUUGAAACUUCAGAUUGUGGGGCGUGAUUACUAUGACGCAAAUGACAAAAUAGACGUACAGGGUCAGAGAAUGGAACUUUGGCCCGGCUAUCUCACGUCUAUAAGACAACACGAAAACGGUAUUCUUAUGUGUGCUGAGAUUACACAUAAAGUUAUGCGUCAGCAAACUGUACUAGAUAUAUUAAACGAAUGUUUCCAUAAGAGCAAUGAUAAUUAUAAGAAAGAAUUUGAAAGCCUAGUUCUUGGUUUAGUCGUACUUACUGAUUACAAUAACCACACAUAUCGUAUAUCGGAUGUAGAUUAUAAUGUAGGUCCUGAUUCAACAUUCCUGCUGAAAAACGGUGAUUCGAUAACGUAUAGAGAUUAUUACAAAAAUAAAUAUCGAAUUACGAUUCGUGAAAAACGUCAACCAUUGCUUAUAACAAGAGCAAGACCAAGAGACCGUCGCUCUGGCCAAUGUGAACUAAUAUAUCUUGUUCCUGAACUAUGCCGUGCAACAGGUUUAACCGAUAGGAUGAGAGAAAAUUUUGGUUUAAUGCGUUCAUUGGCAGAAUUUACACGCGUAAGUCCAGAUUCACGUAUGACGAAAUUAAUAGAGUUCAAUAAGAGACUCCGCUCGGAACCGGCAAUCGUAACCGAGCUAGAUCAAUGGAAGUUGAAACUUUCUGACCGGUUGCUUGAUAUCCCGGCGCGUGUUUUGGAUGCAGAAUUAAUUUUUCUAGGUAAAGAAUGCGUAGUUACCGCGGGUAGAGGAGCAGAUUGGACAAGACAAUUACAUAAUAAAACAUUAUACAAUCCAAAGAAACUAAAGUUUUGGGUGACAAUCUACGCGAAUAAAAUAAAGGACGAAGUUCAAAAUUUUGUUCAUUUGAUUAAAAAUGCUGCUUCGGGAAUGGGUAUUAGUAUAAAUUACCCAAAGUAUUACGAAAUAGUUGAUGAACGCUCUAAUGCUUAUUCCGACUUUCUGGAACGUGUUCUGUCUAAAGUUAAUCCAGAGUUAGUCCUCUGUGUUGUACCGAAUAACAGAAGCGACCGCUAUAGCGCUAUUAAGAAAAAGUGUAUUGUGGAUCGACAUACUCCCUCGCAAGUAUUCCUUGAAAAGAAUCUUACAAACAAGAAUGUAAGAACGAUAGCUACGAAAGUAGCUAUUCAAAUGAAUUGCAAAUUGGGUGGUUCUCCUUGGUCUGUUGACCUGCCAAAUAUCGAUCUGAUGGUGAUCGGUUUUGACGUGUGUCACGAUACUGGUAACAAAAGUCGUGAUUAUGGUGCGAUGGUGGCUUCGUUAGAUCGAGGUUUGACACGGUACUAUAGCGUGACAAGUGCUCAUAAUGUAGGCCAAGAACUUUCAAAUAAGUUCUCGUCAAAUCUCGAUAGCGCAUUGAAGGCUUAUAGAAGAGCGAAUAAUAAAUUCCCAUCGUUUAUUGUAUUUUAUCGUGAUGGCGUUGGCGAGGGCCAAGUGCCGUACGUAUUGGAUCACGAAGUAGGACAAAUACAUGACAAAUUAAAAGCUGUAUACAAUGAAUUUGGUGUAUACAUGAAAUUUGCCUUCCUGAUAGUGACGAAACGAAUUAAUACUCGAAUCUUUAGCGAUAAGAAAAAUCCACCCCCGGGUACAAUCAUUGAUGAUAUUGUAACUAAUCCGUUAAGAUAUGACUUUUUCAUUAUAUCUCAAAAUGUGCGACAAGGUACGGUGACACCGUGCGCAUACCAUGUGAUUGCAGACACCACAGGUUGGACAGCUGAUCAAAUGCAAAGAUUGACAUAUAAGUUAUGUCAUAUGUAUUAUAAUUGGUCUGGUACCGUAAGGGUACCCGCACCUUGUCAAUAUGCUCAUAAACUUGCCUUCUUAGUGGCUCAGUUCUUACGUCAUGAUCCUAGUCAUCACAUGGAAGAAAUAUUGUACUAUCUGUAAAUUUUUACCAGUAUACAUUAUUAUACCAUCCUCUUAAUGUAUAAACAAGAUACAUGAAUUACAAGAUAAGAUACAUGAAUUACACUAUAAGACUUAUCGUAUACGUAAAGUAACUAUAGAAUUUUAUUAUAAUGUUUUUAAAAUCUUUCCUAUUGUGACAGAUUAGUUAUUAUUUGGUUUUUCGAAGAUAUCUGAAGGUCCUCAAAUGAUAAUAGUUUAUGAUACAUGAAUAUAAUAUUGUUAAGUAAUAUUUUAUCAUUAUUGUUUAUUAAAUCUAAUUAGCAUUAGCUUCACAUUGAUUUGAUUAUGAAAUGAAAAGAUCUGAGAAACAAUAAGGAAAUAAUGUACUCCUGGUAUUGUUAUAUUACGCAGGACACUAAAACAUAAAGUACAAAAAAUAAUUACGUUUAUAAUUUUAUUUACUUACGUUGCUUAGGUUAUAUUUUAAAUCUACAGAUACAAAUAAAAGUUAAAUUAGGAAUAAAAUAACAUUGCAUAUUUCAUACAUCAUAUAUGAUUAAGAUCUGCUAAGAAGUUAUAUUUUUUUUUAUAUAAAUGGGAUUAUAUAUUUUUUAAGGAUAUAUUAUCAUUUGUCAUAUAAUGUCAUAUAAGUGUUAUAAUAGUCUUCACGGUAUAAUUACGUGUCCACGAAUUGGAUGAGUGAAUAGAAGUCUGAGAUAGAAUAAGGUCUGUUUCAGUCAGAGCUUUGAACUAUAUUUUUGUCUUGAUUCAGUUCGUAUAAGAAAACUUAUAAUGUUACCAAUCGACGCGGUGUUUUGUAUUGUGGAGGCUACAAUAUACAUAAUGGUAUUAUGUAAAGCUAUUUUUAUACAAAAAAUAAAGAAGGUACAUUUUCUGUUUCUACAUUAA